GCGAGGCAUAUUGCAGUGGUGGUGCUCGUCGCAGUAGUGAGUAGUUGAUUGUAGAUAGUACGCGCAAAGCAGCGAGACCGAUCCUAUUCGAUUUUUCGUUCUUUUGUCUUGUCUUCGUGUGCGUUUCCGUGUGCCAAAAGUGUCCCGCAGGCCCAAUAUCAUGUACGAGUUCAGCCCGGAAGAGAUCCGCGCGAUCGUGAGGAAUUACCUCGGCACGGCUACGGACGACUUCGUGGUGGUGUCCUCGUCGCUGGCGGCGCACUCGUCGAGCAAGGUCGGCUUCAUGGGCGAUCAUCGCAAUCUCGUCGUGGAGUUUCGUCGCUCGGCGGACAGUCCGAGCGUCGAGUCCAAGAGCUUCUUCCUGAAGACGCUGCCGGCGCGCGACGACACCUCGGCCAACGCCCCGGACCUGGUGGUGGAGGGCGGCCUGUUCGAUCACGAGGCCGAGUUCUUCAAUCGGGUGGCGCCCCUGCUGAGGCGCAGUCUGCGCGAGGCAGGGGGCAUCAAGGACGACGACGACGACUUCUGUCCGCGCUGCUACCUGGCCAACGGCCAGAUCCUCGUGCUGGAGGAUCUGCGCGAUCGCGGCUACGCCAUGCGCGAGAGCAAGCUGUUCGGCCGUGGCGAGCUCGAGGCCGCGGCCCGGGCUCUGGCCCGAUUGCACGCCUCCGGGCUGCUGGCCGAUCUGCGCGGCUCGAGGCCGCUGCGCGAGCUCUAUCCCCGGGCCUUCGCCGAGAUCCUCUUUACCGAGGCCGCCAUCAAGACCAAGCGGCUGGAUCUCGCCGCGGACCUGAUCGAGCGGCUGGCCGUGAAGCUGGGCCGCGAUCCGAGCCGCGUCAGGUCGGCGGUGCAUCGGGGCUUCGCCGUGGCCUAUCGCUGGAGCGACGAGGCGAGGCCGAUGAAGCGCUGCGUCACCCACGGCGAUCCCUGGCCCAACAAUAUGCUCGUGAAGCAGGGAUCGCCGGACCGAGUCUGCCUCGUGGACUUUCAGCUGUGCCGCUACGGGCCGCGCACCAUCGACCUGGCCGAGCUCGUUUACCUGUCGACGCGACGCGAGACCCGCCAGGCGCACGAGAGCCAAGUGCUCGAGGUCUAUCAUCGGGAGCUGACGCGAUGCCUGGGCCCAGCUGCGGCCAAGCCGAGCCUCGAGGACGUCCGCGCCGAGUACGAGGAGCUGCGGCUCACCGCCAUGUAUCUCGCCCUGAUGUAUCUGCCCGUGAUCUGCAUCGACAAGAGGAUCAUGUCGAGCUACACGGCCCAGGAGAUCAACGACCGGAUCGUCUUCAGGCAGAGCAACGACGAGAUCGUCAAGAUCUACGAGAGCGACCCGCUGUACGCGGCCCGCAUCGACGACGUACUCGGCGAGUACAUCGAUUAUCUCGAGAGGAUCGACUUGCCCAAGGAGUACGAGCCCAUCGUCUUGCCGGACGACGACGACGAUCAACAGCAGCAGCAGUGAACACAACCCGUGGAAUUCUCCGACGACGACGAUGAUAAAUGUGCGUUACCUUAUGUAAUGCACGUCGCGCGAAGAAAAAACAACACACACAUACACAGGCGCACACUUACACGCGCGCGCGUAUUAUUAUAGCUGCGUGACGUUCGGAUAAUUGAGGAAAAAAUUCUACCGAUCUCUCGCGAUUUUCCUUCCGCGCGCGAGCGCGAGACGCAGCGUUUUUCGAUUUUAAUGCACAACGCAACACGUGUGCGAGAGCGCUCGACAGGUGUCUCUCUCUCUGUUAUCUGCAAUGCAUUAGUGUAUGUGUCUGUGUCUCGAAAUCUCGUUACGUAAAAUUGUAAAUAGCGUUAUUUUGUUGUUAGUGUUAUUAUUAUUAUUUUUUUUUUUACUAUUUUUGUUAAUCGGUCGAUUUGCACCGAGAUAGAUACCGAGAAGGAAUUUAUAGAUAAUUUGUUGUUAUAGUUGUUGUUGUUGAAUGCGUUUUUUAUCAUUAUGAUGUAAUUGUGCAGUAUCGAUGACGCAAUCUGAUUGUUUUUAUCUACUAAUCGAGGGACGACAAAUGUAAUUGUAGGAUAUAAUGAGUCUAGUGAUCUUGAAUAAUUGUAUUAAUAUGCGCCUUCGUUCCAAGUCACGAUGAUUAUGGGACUUUUAUCGAACGAAUAAAAUUUUUUAUAACGUAUAAUUGCUCGGCGGUGAUUGUCUUUGAUGGAUAAUGUGCACCGAUAGAUAUGUAUGUGCAAUGAUUUAUAAAUAAACGCAUCUUAUGACGUGAAAAGAUAAA